GGUGUGUCCUGCCCAAACUGUCGCCCUCUUGUCACAUGGAUCCCUCCUCUUUUACUCUUUAACCCCAUCCUCGCUAUAUGAAGCAGAACUUAACCUGUUCCCUGCUGGGGAGGGGGGUGUCUGGGAUGUUUCAGAGAGGAAUGAGAGGGUUUGGUUGAGGGAGGUGGAAAGAGGAAGAGACAGAGCAGAGGCCGAGACUGCCGGGGGUGGAGGCUGCGAAUACCACAGGAAAAGUGGAGGAGCAAGGGCAGGAAUUGGGCAGCACCCUCUGAGCACACGCAGAUCUGGGUCUGAUCCCGGGGUCUAUGGGACAAGCUCACAAUGAGGACCGCACAGGUGAUUCAGGAGGAGCUCCACAAUGUGACAGUUUAGCCCUUUCCUCCAGAUCUCUGUGUCCCCCCAUCAUGUCCGGUCCUCACCUCUUCUGGCUGGUUUUAUUGGGGGUCUUGGCACGGAUUUCCGCAGAGGACCCCUGUACAUGCAUCUUCCUGGAGCAAGAGGCGGACUGGUCGCUGCUGGCCUCCGAUCACUGCUGUGUGAACCUCACUCUUUCUGUAAACACCUUGGACUGGAACCUCUUUACCCCCCUCCACAGCCUCCGGGUCUUGGAUCUCUCCAACUCUGGAAUCGAGGAGCUCACAGAGUCCGAGGGGGGGAGGAACCAGACACUCAUUGAGAUCUUGUACAUGGACCACAAUCACCUGAUGGAGCUUCCUGAGGGCUUCUUGAGCAAUGCACCCAACUUGAGGAUUCUUCACCUUGAGUUCAAUGAGCUGCGUCACCUUCCUCCAAACUUCUUACAAGUGUCCGUCCUGAUCCAGGAGCUCCACCUCAGCUACAACAACCUGCACUCCUUCCCCGCUAGUCUCCUCAGACCUUCUCUCACCACUUUUGGCUUCCUCAACAACAGUCUGGACUGCUCAUGUGCCCUCUAUGACCAACUGGAACCCAACUUCCUCGCCAAUGGCACCAGACUUCUGCUGGAUGACGUUGUCUGUGCUUUUCCAAAGGAUGCCAAUGGGCAGAGGAUCCUGGACGUCCCGAGAACCUCUGUCUGCCGUUCCCACGGCCUGACUGUGGCCUUGAUCUGCAUCCCAUUGGUGGCGCUGGUUCUGCUCGUGUGCUGGUAUGUCUGCUGCCGACGACAGAAAGGAGCAUACGCCAACACAAGGCGCGAGUGCAGCCUGGUCACCGUGGAUCGCAAUGGAGCCGGGAAUCGGGGAGAAUAUCAUCACUAUGAACCCCGGCACAACUUCCAAAAAGAGCGCAAGGAACAAGAAAUUCAGCAGUUCAAGGACCCCAUUCUCCUCAGACCGUCUGCUGCCCUCCUGGGAAGCAACCGAGACCUGUACGAGGAGGUGGAGAUCAAACCGGGCACCUCUGCAGACUCCCUGGUGGAAGGCGGUGGACGAGAAGGUCUGGAGGGUGCAGGUCUGAUGCUGGCUGUAGCAGAGGAAGAAGAAGAAGAGCUGGGGCCCGAAGAACCAGAAGUGGAAACUGUCAGCGUGACAGAGGUCAUGAAGGACUCAAGUGACCGAGAGAAACUUUACCUGAACCAGACUACAGACUAUUACAGUCUGGUGCCAGAGAUUGAGUUAGAAGACUCUGACCAUUGUGAGUAUGAGAGCGUCGACCUCACCUGAGCAAGUAUGAGAGCGUCGACCUCACCUCAAUGAGCAGGAGAUCAUCAAACUGUCUAGAGUGAAUAUGAGAGCAUCAACCUCCUCUCAGUGACCGUCAGGCUUGAAAACCAAUGGACUCAAUUAUAAUGUAAGGACUAAUGACUGCGGCAACCAGAACCAGGACUAAGGAUGGUCAGACAGUGCUGAACCUGGACUGAAUCUAUUAUAAUACACUGAGCGGAGCCUAUAAUGCACUGAAUAAAGUCUAUAAUACACUGA